CAACAAUGUUGGACAAUGCAACAGACAUAGCCAACGGCAGCGUAACAGAGCAGCCUUUAGAUUACUCGGACCUGGAGGUUACGGGAUACCGAUUGGUCCACGGUUACAUCAGCGGCACGAUCUGUUUUCUAGGGGUUCUCUUUAACGUUUGCAAUGUGGCCGUGUGGUCACGAAAAGCUCUGAGGACCUCCACCAGCCUCCUUCUGACAACGCUAUCCGUGGCCGAUGGUUGCUCCGUCUUUAUGUACCUGCUCUACGUCACUUAUUACUUCACCGCCACCGGGCCCAGCGAGUUAAUCUACCACACCAAGGCUGGCAUGUACUUGGUCGUCAUCUGCUUCCACCAGUUUAUCACCUUUCAUACAUUUUCAAACUGGAUAACCAUAUCACUGGCAAUCUUUCGUUACCUGAAAGUUUGCCACCCAAACAUAGGUAAGAAGACCUGUACCAGAAAAAGAGCGCUCCUUACCAUUGGUAUAGUGUUUGUCGCAACAACAUUGGCCUCCUCCCCUUUCUACUUGUACUAUGAAGUUUAUGAUCUAGCUGAAGAUGGUGUUGGUUUUUCUGGCUACUGGAUUCGAAAGACAUCUUUCGCUGUCGCCCACGUCGACUAUCAGACCACCCUAGCGUGGCUCUACGGUGUAAUUUUUAAGGUUGGACCAUGCCUCGCUAUGAUGAUUCUCUGUUCUUUGAUUGCACGCAAUCUGUACAACGCAGACAAGAGGAGGGGAAACAUGGCCGCUGGUAUAGACUCCAAUGGAAACAGAAUAUCGUCAGGUUACAGAAGAACAACAAAGAUGCUGAUCAUUAUAGGGGUUAUAUACGUGGCAGCAGAACUCCCAAUCGGUAUAGUAUCGUUGGUAUCAGGCCUUCAAUACUCAGAGAGCCAUUUCUUCUACUUUCUACUGUACUCCUAUGUUGGCGAUCUCCUGGACACCCUCACCGUCAUUAACGGCAGCGUUAAUCUGAUCGUCUACGUCACAAUGAGCAGACAGUACAGGCUGGAGUUUAAGAGAACAGUCUUGGGAAGAUUUGUCAAGAAAUACGCUGUAACGGAAACUGUGGAGACCGGCUAUACCAAUGACACCAACAACCAAGAGUUAUCCCAGCCGUCCCUUGACGUACUGUCACGUGAUUUAAAAGACAAGACACGUACAACAGAAACUGACGGAGGCGUAAGUGUUACGUCAGCUCUGGUGUAAAUUCUGAAAAAAAGUUACUAUUUGUUGUACAAAUAGAAAAGUACUUGCGUAUAUUUUGUUAUAUUAAUCCGAAUGGACUGUACCUAUCAUAUUUAAACUGCUUGAUCCGAUUGUAAAGCAUUUUUAACAAAAGCUGUAAAACGAUGCAUUUCAUAUAUUUAUUUAAAAAAAAACAAUAAAAGGAGCAAAUUUUUCGAUCAAUUUAGCAAUAAAAAUUUCACAUAAUGUUUAAAAAAAAACCAAGUCAUCGCCCUUUACCAUUACAAGUAGUUUGCUUACUUUAAGUUCGAGCGGGAAGUACCUAAAAUUUACAGAGAAAUAAAAUGCAUGCAGCAUUUGAAUCUUUUAAUGCAAAAGUACCUACUUUAGUUUUUAACUUCUGAUAAAUUCUACUAUUAGAAAAUAACCAUCGAGAAAUAAAUGUACAUAACCAUCUGUAAAGUUCGAAAUUCCAAAUAGCUAGAAUUUCCAGUGAAGGCUAAGCAGUAAUAACAAGAGAAUUUGUAUUUCUCAAAAAUAUUCAUUCCCGGUGUAAUACAUCCGGAAAGCAUUAAACAGCACAUAACACACUUACAACAUUAACCCAAAACGUAAGAAACUUCUCAUUAGAAGAUAAGGAAUAUUAUAUCUGUGUAUAAACAAACGAUGUUUGUUAUUAUUUAUUAUGAUAAAAUCAAAAAUAUUUAAUCAUCUAAAUCCUCUUUAUGCUACAAAUAUCGAUUUUACUAUAUUUGAUUCGAAUAUAUGAAAACAAAGAUAGACAAUAAAAGAAACCCCCCAAAAUCACGACGUUAUUGCUUUCGACAAGUCGAAAAAUUAUUAAAAAUCGACGUAUGUUGUAUCAUCAUUUGUUGCUCGGUAUGAUAAAACUUUUAUUGCAUGAAUGUUCGGGAAUUUCCCUCACCAUCAUGCAAUAAAUUUACAAUGUCUGC